AUGACAUCAGGAAACAACGACGAAGUAAAGCACCCUUCAAGAGCCGAUCGCCAGAAAUGCUGGAAGGUCCGCGACGCCUAUUUUGAAUGCCUCAACAACGCAAACAUCAUCGACCCCUCAAAACCAGAGGCCGCAAACGUCUGUCAGGACCUUCGGUCAUUAUACGAAAAGGGUUGCAUGAAGAGUUGGGUUGACUACUUUAACAAACGCCGCGUUCUGGAAGUGGAGCAGAAGGAAUUGUUGGAACGCAUGAGGGCUCAGCACAAGGCUGUCGAGGAGAGAGCCGCUGCUGCCGAGGCCGCCAAGGCAAAUAAGUCAGCAUAG